UGCGCACAUUGGAAUAAAGGCCACAAACGCUUGAAAUUUGUUUUGCAGUGAGAAGCCUGUUCCGAUAUUCAGCUCAGAAUCGGUCGAGAAUAAAACGACAAACAAACGCGACCAAGUCUUUUGCGGCAGCCUUGCAUAGGCCCUUGUAGCUGACAACUAUUCUUGGGCAUCAACCGCAAAAACGUCCCAGGAACUGUCAAAGAUCACCGGAUGGCUGGAUUGAUCCCUGGAUAUCACAUCUCCUGCUUGUGCGCAUCACAAACCUCGGAGGGUGCCGUGUUUGACCAGUGAAAAUAUAUUUCGGUGGCUGAACCGCGCCUCCAGCCUCGCGCAUUUGCUUCCCGCCAUCUCCUGUCAGAAUCAAUGCUAGCCACUCAGCGGACUGUUAAUACCGGCUAGGCUCGCCUUACAAUGCAUUCCCCAGUAGUCUGCAUAUGCAACUUGCGGAAGGCCAUACAGAAUGAAUCUGGGAGACUUGACCGUGUACUCCGUGCAUCAUAAACGCCCGCAGCUUCAACGAAUACUUACGUCUGAACGACCCAUCACUCCUCUCAAUGCCCGACUCGAAGCAGACCGUUCCCCUUCCUUUACCUCGACCAUCACCGAUGAGACGGUGAUACGCUGGCAGCCGCAAACCCCUCGCUCACGAAGUCGAUCUCCCGGACAGCAGAGCAGCCUCGAGACGCUACGGCCCAGAGAAUUCGAACAUUUGAGCGCCUCCAAUGAAGCUGCCUUACCCAGAAGUCCAAUCUUUGCGCGAUUCGACGAGGAGCGGAUCAGGAGCGACGGGGCUGAGGCCUCGGGGAAGGAGUCAAGAAUGUACGAGGUAGACUUGGACUCAAACUCAAACCCGCCGACUCCAACAGACGACACGCCAUACAUACGAUUUGCAAUCGAUCAAUUGACUCGUGAUGAGGAGAGUCGAGCGAUUCAGCGGCCUGGAUCCCACGGCAGCUCUGACUCGUAUCCCGUCCACCGAAUAAUACCUGAUGAGGGACUUGGUUAUUAUAUGUCUCCUGAGAGAGAGCGGGAAGCACUUGCGCUGGCCAGAAAACACCGUUCGUCUCCUCGAGAAGGACUCUUCAAAUUCAAUCCCACGCGACCGCUGUCACCAAACUCGAAUCCGCCCGAACUCGACGUACCUCCACGACCAUUCCUACACAAGAGAGCAUCCGAUUCCGAGAUUUUCAUCCCAGUUGAUCCUCCUGUCGAUACACCACGAUACCCCGACCUGAGAUUUUUACCCAUGAUUUUACGACCUGCUUCGAUGAUUACGCUGUCAUGUUUAUGUCUCAAGAUGAUUGCAACUCUCCUGUUUUGCGCAAUAUACUCCACCUACCAUAAUGGCCUGAUGGAUUGGUUCGGCGGUAUAUAUGGAGGUCGAUAUUUUUUGUUCAACUUCUUGCCGCAGAUCUUCGCGGCGUGCAUAUUUGUAUAUGUCCAAUGUGUCAUAUCUGCAAUGGCGAGAAUCAUGCCUUACACGCUAAUGGCGACGAGUGAUGUGGAGAAACGCACUAAUGCUCUAUUCAUGGGGCUUUUCCCUCAGACGAUGUUAUGGCCGAGAUGGGAAGGGCCGAUGAGUAUUGAUAUCGCGAAUUCGUUUUUCUGGUUGUCGGUUUUUACGAUACCCUUACAAAGUUGUCUGUUUUCUGUUGUUCAAAUAAAUGGUGUGUGGCGGUGGACCACCGUGCAAGGCAUCGCGUGGACCCUUGUUGCUGUAUAUAUUUUGAUUCUGGUUGCGACGGUUAUUUCAGCGUUAUUCUUCUAUCGACGGGUGACAGGAUUAAUGUGGGAUCCGAGGUCACUGGCGGAUAUCGUUGCAUUGUUACCACGAAGUAAUUGCUUGUGGGAUUAUCCUGGGACGGACAUCAUGAGGAACAAGACAGAUAUUCGACACAAGUUGGCUUUGAGAAGUGAUAGAUUGGGGUACUGGAGGACGCCAAAUCGAACGCAGGGAAUCUUCUACUGCGUGGGGGAGGAAGGUGCCUCAACGCGGCGGUACACACUUGAAGCUGGAAAGCUAUCUGAGAAGAAGUCUGGGAUGGGCUUGAACGGCGACCGAACCUCUGACAUCGAGAUGGCCGCUGAGCUUUACAACACCAACACGCGAUUUCGGUAUAUCCCUUGGUUUCUGAGGGAUGAAUUCGUGGUGCUCUGGUGUGUGGCGGGAUUCAUCUUUCUGCUCGCGCUAUUCAUCAUCUCCUUCCUACCUUCAACAGCCAUUAGGAAAGGAUUCCCACCGCUUCUGCCAGUAGUAGCCAGCGUCGGCGGCUGGUCACCCGCCAACUUCCUCUACAGCUUCAUACCAUCAUUUCUUGGCAUGCUCCUCUACCUCUUUUUCCAACCCCUCGACAUCGCCUUCCGCAAACUCCAACCGUGGACGUCCCUUGGUCACUCCUCCGGCGUCACAGCAGAAGAAUCACUCCUCCUCGACUACCCAGCCGCCCUCCCAAUCUCCUGCACACUCACCGCGUUCGGCGCACGACACUACCGCAUCGCCCUCCUGUCCCUGCUCUCCUUCCUCUUCAUCCUCAUCCCCGUCCUCGCCGGCGGAAUCUUCUUCCCGCUCACGACUCCCAGCAUGGAAAUACGCAUGAUCCCCAACCUAUCCGCCUACUAUGUCAUCCUCACGCUCCUCAUCCUGUACCUCUUUGGCCUAGGCCUCAUCGUGCCAAAUCGAUACCAGAUGCACCUCCCUCACGACGUCUCUUGUCUGGCGGAAAUCUUCAGCUUCGUGUACAACAGCGAAAUUCUCGAGGACGCGAGUUUUCGCGCGCCGAAAUCAAAAGCAGAUCUUGACACCCGACUUAUGGCAGUUAAGGCGAGGGGCGAGGUGAAUAGGUAUGCGUUUGGAGUUCUUAGGGGACGUGAUGGCCGGGAGUGUCUUGGUGUUGAGCGGUUGGGGAGGAGGGGAGGGGAAGAAGUAUUGGUUUUGGUGGGGAACGGGAGGAAGAGGGUUAGCUUCUUAUGAUUGCCGUGGCAAUAAUGAUUUAUGGGUUAUGGGUUAUGGAUUUGGUGUUGGAUGAAUUACGGACGGAUAUGGUUAACGGGACAUGGAUUCAUGGAUAUAUUUGAGGGAUGGCGCAUAGAGUGUAACAUAGACUUUGUAGAUUCGAGAAUGGCGACAUACUUCCCAAUUUAGUUUCCUUCCAUACCAUUUCCCGCUUGCCCGUUG